AUGGACACCCCCAAGCCUUCCCAACCAGGGCGGCGCCAGUACGGACGGGACAAGGAGAUCUCAGAACCAGAUGCAAAGUCUUGGGCUUUUCACCUUCGGCUGAAGCGCUUCACUUGGCCGCAUCUGACAUUGCGUUCACAUUGGCGCGACGUUUUGGUCUGCCUGGCGCAGAUGACACUCAGCUUAGAGGAGCUCUUCCAGCGCCAGUUCAACCAGCUUUUUGCUUCCGGUGACUACAAAGGUGCGGCCCUCAUCGCAGCCCAGUGCAAGAGUGGACUUCUGCGCACGCCGCAGACUAUUCAGCUCCGCCGGGGCAGUCGGGAUGCCCAGGCUUCCUACGGCUGCGUGGAGUAC